AUGUUAAAGUUUCUGCUGCUCGCUUUGGUAUUUGGUUUCGCUCAGGCAAAGCUUGAAGGAACUUGGUAUACCAUUGCCAUCGCUGCUGAUAAUGUAGAGAAGAUAGAGAAAGAAGGAGAGAUGAGACUCUACGAUCGGGAAAUUACUUGUGAAGAGGACUGUAAAAAAAUGAAAGUCAAAUUUUUUGUCAAACAAAAUGGACAGUGUACUGAGACCACAGUUGUGGGGGAGAUGCAAGAAGAUGGUGAGACCUACCAAGCCCAGUUUUCAGGAAAUAAUUAUUUUAAACCCGUGAAGCAUACAGAAGAGCAUGUAGUCUUUACCGUUCAGAAUAUCGAUAAGGAGAAGAAGGAAACAAAACUGAUUUUUGUUCUUGGUAAGAAUGAAAAGUUGACUCCUGAAGAAAUGGAAAAACUUGUUGACUUUGCUAAGGAAAAAGGCAUUCCACCUGAAAACAUUCGAGAAAUUGUGAAAACAGAUAGAAAGAUGUUGGUCCCUGAACUGACAGUGAGCAGGAGAAUAUCUACUACUGAACAUCAGAGUCUUCUUAAAAUGAUUGCACUUAAAGAAGCACCUUGCAAAGGAUACUCAGGAUGGGUUAAUGUAAACCCACCUUUAUCCAAGGCAGCAUUCUUCACACUUGAAGAUCCUGGUGGUGGACAUAAGCCUGACAGAGAUAACACCAGAACCUCUCGUUUUGAUGUGGUCAUUCCCUUAGCUGGGAUGGGAUUAGCCAUUUUGGUGACAGACUUAGAACUGCAGCAUUCUUCUUUGCUUACCAUUCUCAUCAACUGCAAAAGCCAGAAUCUGUGA